UGGUGGAUAUAAAAAGUGCGAGGGGGAAGUGAGUGAGCGGCGUCCCCAUUCUGGUCCCGCGGGCAAAGCUAUUCUUUUCUCUCUCUUUUUCUUUUUCUUUUGUUUCACUACUCAAAUCAACUCUCUCUCUCUCUCUCUCUCUCUCUCUCUCUCUCUCUCUCUCUCUCUCUCUCUCUCUCAUACGAAGAGAUCCCUCGUACGAACCCCUGCAAAAUGUGUAGCUGAAAUUGGAGUAGUUGAGCCAAUCAUAUUUUCAUUUACCACACCCAAACCCUUUUCUCCACUCUUUAAAAACCCUGCUACCUCUCUCUCUCUGUAUUAUCCGAGGUCUUUUGUGUUUCCAGUCCCAUCAUUUUCAUAUUAUAUAUAUGGUCGGUUGCUUUAUUUAGGGUUUUUGUUUAACAAUGGGAAGAGGUAGGGUUGAGAUGAAGCGGAUCGAGAACAAGAUCAGUAGACAAGUAACCUUCUCAAAGCGAAGGUCAGGAUUGUUGAAGAAAGCUCAUGAGAUCUCUGUGCUUUGCGAUGCCCAUGUUGCUUUGAUUGUUUUCUCCACUAAAGGAAAGCUCUUCAAUUUUUCAUCUUCCUCCAGCAUGGAGGAGAUCCUGGAACGUUACGAAAGCUACUCUACUAAUGCACAAAAGCACCUGCAAGCUGCUCCUACUACUCUCUCUGAAUCACAGGAUAGUAGUAAGUGGACGUUUGAAUUCCCAAAGCUGAUGAGCAGAGUUGAAAUUUUGCAAAAGAACCUAAGGAACUGUAUGGGAGAAGAUCUAGCUCUUUUGAGCAUGAGAGAACUUCAAAAUAUAGAACAACAAAUCGAUGUAGGUCUCAAGCGCGUACGAACAAGAAAGAACCAAAUCAUGCAUGAAACCCUUUCAGAUUUGCAGAAGAAGGCAAAGGCAAUACAAGAUCGCAACAACUGGAUAACAAAUCAGAUUAAGGAGGACGGGAAGAUAUUAGUUGAGAGCAGAAACUUGGAUCAGCAAGCCAAUAACUCUCCAAACUCCUCCACUUUAUUGCUUCUGGCUCCACCUCCAAGACCAAGCUCACUUCCUUCUUUGACUAUUGGUGAGACUUUCCAGGAAAGAGUACUUACAGAAGAAAAUAAUGAAAGACAAUCUCAUGAUGAGCAGCCUUCCUCCAACAACACCACUCCAAUGCCGCCAUGGAUGCUUCCCCAGAUGAAAUUCCAUUGAAACAUAAUGAUAAUUGAUAAGAUAUGUUUAAUAAACUUUUUCAAUAAUAAAAUGAUAAUUGAUAUAAUUUCUUUUUUCUUGAUAUGUUUAACUACACCAAACCGAACAAUUGAUUGACCACAUGAUAUGUUCUUUUUUUAUUAAAAGGUCAAGUAUCAAAGAUGAUGAUUGUAAAUUUAAUCAUGUUUGACUGUGUAUUGAGGGAAGUUUUAGGCUUAUUUUUAACGAGUGGGGGCAUUUGUUAGAUGAUGAAUACUACAAAAAUUCACAAUUGUAUUCAUUCUCUAUUUGUGAAUUUUUUUUUAUAACUUAUCCAUACAUGAAAUUUUAUUUAUUUA